AUGGUAUUAUUAGAUGAUAUUGUUAAUCGUCAACAAGUUUUCAAGAAUUUAACUACUACUUUACCAAUAUUAGAUCAAUUAUUGCUUAAUGUUCCUUUAAAAAAUAAAAUUUAUGAUUUUCAAACUACACCAACUAAUAACGCGGUUUAUCUUAUAUUAAACCAAUUGAUUACAUCACAUUUACAAAAUAAUCCAAAUCAUAAAGUUAUAAUUAUAGAUAUUGUUAAUAAAUAUCCAGCUGGUCAAUUAUUAGCACAUCCUGGUUUCAAUGAGGAUUUUACUGAAAGAAUUAUACAUUAUAGAUUAAAUACAUUUGCCAAAAUAUAUUACUUUUUUAUUAAUAAUGAUAUACCACAAGAUUCAAUAGUUAUAAUUCAUGAAUUUCAUCUAAUGUUAGAAUUGUAUAAACUUGAAAUGUCUGCAACUUAUGAAGAAUUAAUAUUAAAACAUCAUAUUGAACAGAACUUGACAGUUAUUGAAAAUAAAGAUAAAGAGGAUAAGGUUCCAAUUCCACAACUACCCAAAAACUCAGACUUGCUUAAAAUGAGUCCAAUAGUAAAAUAUGAAAAUCAUGUAAAUAAUAUAAUCCACUUAAUUAAUAAAAGGUGUAUAAAUUCAAAUCUAAUGGUCUUUCUUCAUGGUUAUUUAACUACAAAAUAUCGACCCUACAGAUUAAAACCAAAACCUGAUCAACCAAUUAAUCCAUAUAAUCAAAAAGGUAGAGUUGUAUUAACUCCAUUUCAAGCUCAUAAAAUGUUGACUACUAAAUUCCUAUUCUAUCAAGAUUGGUUACAUAAAUCACCAGUAUUCCUACAAAAACAGGUUUCCCAUAAACUACAAGAUUCAGAUCUAAAAUUAAUCUAUGCAUGUCAAGUUGAAAAUAAUAAUACAAUUUAUAAUCCAAUAUAUUAUGAUUUCAAUUAUAAUACAAUAAUUGAUUUAACUAAAAUUCAAAGAGAGUCAACUAAUCUACCAUCCUCUCCAAAUAUAUAUGAUACAAGUGUUAUAAAUUUAAGUGUUUUAGAUGAUGAUAUUAUAUCAAAUUCUGAAACUGAAUAA